AUACAUGUAUACUCAUAUAUAGAUAUACACGCAUACACUUAUAUCCACAAAUAUUCACAGUACAUGAAAACAAAACUUUAUAUCUCAUCUUCGUAUAAAAUAACUUAUGUACACAGACCUUUAAUGGAUUAUGUGCCAAGCAAAUGCUUUGAAUUAGGGAAACAUCAGGUGUUGCUCAGAUGGUAUAACUUCUAGGCGAAGUUUUUUUUUUCCCCCUAAGCUAAAAUAUGCAAACUAUCCAUCAGUUUCCAUUUCCUCUUUUCUCCAACCCCCCUUUCCCAAAUCCGGUGGGUGUGGGAAGGAUCCCAAGAUGAUAUUUACACGGGUCUUCACUUAACUACGAUCGAGCCCAGCAGAAGCAACUCUAUAUAACUAGAGGAGAACCUCUGAUUAUCUGCACAAGUUAUUUGGGGGUUCAGAGAGCAAUCACAUUGGCAGAAGAAUUAAAGAAAACUUCUGAGGUGCCUCUUCUCCAAGUGGAGGCAGGAACUUCUCCUCAGUUGUUGGGGAAACACCCUUACCUAUCAGAAUCCAGAUUUGGCUGGGGAAGGGAGCGCCAGCACUCCGAGCUUUGCCGCCACUCCCCCAAGUGCAGCAGAGAAGAGCUAGCUAGAAGCAGCGCAGGUGCUGAAGUUUAGGCGCGGACGCUACCCCGCCUCCCUCUCCCCAGCCCAGUCGGCCCCACCAGGACCCACACUGUAGCCAACAGACGCCAUUUGUUGGGGGUGCUCAGCUCGAAGACAAGCUGCGGCGGAGUGUUCGUGGACGCUCCGCCUCCUCCUCAGCCCCGAACAGCAGGAACCAGAAACCUUUCUUUUAGACUUUGCUUGCUGGAAGGGUGGAGGCCCUUUCUGCUUUGGGGGCUUGAAUCUUCCCGGCCAGGCUUCCUUUCCUGGCCUCUUUCAACUGCUGCCUCCUCCUCCUCCACCGCCGCCUCUGGUCUGUGCUCUCCGGGCCCCUGGGCAGAUCCGCCCCAACUUUGCUCGUGAAUCGCGCCGCCUUCUUUCAAGCGCGGCUCCCUCUCUAGGUUCACCUAUCCCAAAGCAUAAAACAAGCCGCAAUCGAACUGAAGGAAGCCAAUUUAAACCUUCUCAAAUCUUCUGAGGGGAAAAACCCCAAACAAAACUAAUUAGGUUAUUAUCUCUGAUCAGGACCCGAGCAGAGGGUGCGUUCUGCCUACAGUCACCCCCCGGAGUUCAAAGAACUCUUUAUCUUGCUUGUCCGUGUGCUUCAGAAGAACCAUUCAUUCCUCUCAUCCCCCGAGAAUCACCAACUAUAAAGAAGUCCCUUCUUGCAGGUUAAUUCUUGGGACGUUUUUUAGAGGAAAAGGAGACCUGUCUUCUCUCGCCUUGCCUUGAUUGCCCGCGAUCAGUUUGGAGUUGGCAAAGCGGAGGAGGAGAAACCACUUUGGAGGGAGAGAAUCAGGAGUGGCUACUAAGUCUGGUUCAACGCCCUAGAUAACCCAUACUGGGUGAGCAGUGAGAAACUAUGGCCAGCUGCUGCUGCUUGUCGGCGGAAGAGAAAGAGUCGCAGCGCAUCAGUGCCGAAAUUGAGCGGCAGCUGCGCCGGGACAAGAAGGAUGCGCGAAGGGAGCUCAAGCUGCUGCUGUUGGGUACUGGUGAAAGUGGGAAAAGCACCUUUAUCAAACAAAUGAGGAUUAUUCAUGGAUCUGGUUACUCAGAUGAAGAUAGAAAAGGCUUCACAAAACUGGUUUAUCAAAAUAUAUUUACUGCCAUGCAAGCAAUGAUCAGAGCCAUGGAAACUUUACAUAUACAAUACAUAUCUGAACAGAACAAGGAAAAUGCUCAGAUGAUUAGAGAAGUGGAAGUAGACAAAGUUUCCAUGUUGCCCAGGAAACAAGUGGAAGCAAUCAAAAAGCUAUGGGAGGACCCAGGAAUCCAGGAGUGUUAUGAUCGGAGAAGAGAAUACCAACUCUCAGACUCGGCUAAAUAUUACCUGAGCGAUAUCGAUCGAAUUGCCAUGCCAUCAUUUGUGCCAACACAACAGGAUGUUCUCCGUGUCCGAGUGCCUACAACUGGAAUUAUUGAAUAUCCCUUUGAUUUAGAAAAUAUCAUCUUUCGGAUGGUGGAUGUUGGAGGCCAGAGGUCUGAAAGACGGAAAUGGAUCCACUGUUUCGAAAGUGUCACCUCCAUCAUUUUCUUAGUAGCUCUGAGUGAAUAUGAUCAAGUCCUGGCAGAGUGUGACAAUGAGAAUCGUAUGGAAGAGAGCAAAGCCUUAUUCAAAACCAUCAUCACUUAUCCCUGGUUUCUGAAUUCAUCAGUGAUUUUAUUCUUAAACAAAAAAGAUCUUUUAGAGGAGAAAAUCAUGUAUUCCCAUCUAAUCAGCUACUUCCCAGAAUACACAGGACCCAAACAGGAUGUCAAAGCUGCCAGAGACUUCAUCUUGAAGCUUUAUCAAGACCAGAAUCCAGAUAAAGAAAAAGUUAUCUAUUCCCACUUCACCUGUGCUACAGACACAGAAAACAUCCGCUUUGUGUUUGCAGCAGUCAAGGACACUAUUCUACAAUUAAACCUGAGGGAAUUUAACCUCGUGUAAAAGUUGUAUUCUUCCUUUCUCUCUCUAAUGAAAAAAGACUGGGCUUUUGGCAUCUUCUUGGAUUCUUCUGCAAAUGCUUCUCAACCUCUCCUUUUACUGCCCUACCCAUUACACUGUGACUCACAGAUGUCUAGCCUCCUCUGAAACACAAGUCUGAGGAAAAAUCCACCAUGUUUGCUCAACAAUUGUUAUGGGUUCAAGAGGAAUGAAGAAAUGGGUAUUAAAGCUUAGAGGAAAAUAUAUGAAAGUUUGCUAAUGCCUUUUUAAAAAACUCAUCUGAAUCUGAUUUAAUGUUUAUUUUUUGAAUCUUGACUGAGAUUCUUUUUGUGCAUGAAUUUUGAAUUUAAGGAUAUUUAAGAUGAAUAUUUUAUAGAAAUUUAUAAAACCAAAACCAAAUCAAACAAAACAAAACAAAAAAAAACUCCAACUGAUAAUGCAUUCUCAAUUGUUCCUUUUUCAGUGUUUAAACAUAGCCAUUUAUAAUCGUGUAACAUCAAGCUUUAAAUCAGAAUUGCCUUAUAUCAUAUAGCCAUGCUCUUAGGAUUGUAGGGAAAUGACUGGAGGUAGGCAUUGGAGCAGAUUGGAGGCUCUAUAUGAAAAUUUACAGUUUUGGUUUUUUUCUUGACAUGUUGAAGAAUUUUUCCUUUUGUAACAUUUAAAGAGAUUGUUCUAAAGUGCAUGAAUAUAAAGUUUUAGAGAAAACAAAAAAAAAGAUUCUACAUGCUUAAUAAAUUGGCUUUGUAUAAAUAUAAACUGAUUUAAAAGUAAAGAUAGUAUUACCAAAUCUUCCAUCUACUAAAUGAGCUUUGGAAACACUACAUUUAAAAAAAUAAUAUAUUGUGCAUGUUAGUGGUAAAUAAUACAAAUGCAUAUAGCUAGAUGUAUGUAACAUUGACUUGUCAACAAAAUAAGGUAAAAUAAUGUAUAUCUGCCAAGAUUGAGUGGAGAGUUGAAUUCUACAUGGUCUGUGCCUUCCUAAGAAUGCUAAGAAUAUAACAUCCCAUAUCCUGAUUAUUUUGUGAGUGUUCUUAAUUAAGCUUAAUUUUUAGAUACUCCUAUCUAAUCUUUUCAUCUUCCAAAGGAAAAAUGAUUGGUAGAAGUUGCUUCUAGAAUACAUCUACCACUUUCCCAGAUAUGUUUUUGAUAAGUUAAAGUUCUAAUAAUGGAAAUGAUUAUUCUCAAAUUUCAUUAAUAACAAUCUAUAUGCAGGAGCCCCUUUGGGACUCAGUGUGGCAAAGCCACGGUAAAUAAAACAAAGAUAAUAGCAGACCAGAACAAUGGAAUCUAAAAAGACAAAAUUUUAUAUUGGUAAAAUAUGAAAUCCUACAAUUGGGUUCAAGAAAUCAUCUUUAUAGGGAUAGAAUGGGAGGGGCAUGUCUAAUCAACAGGUCAAUGUGAAGGAAAAGAAGUCUGUAGAUUAAAAAAUACACCUUAACAUGAGUGUGAGGGCCCAAAUGGUCCACAGCAGCCAAAAGGUUAAUGCAUCCCUAGGCUGUUCUAAAAGAAACAAAAGUGUAAGGCAGAGCAUAGUCCCACUUCAUUGUGAAGGACCACAUCUCCACUACCACUGACACUGGUGGAAGGGUCACAUGUUAAUAAGAGCCUGCCUAAGGGGAGCAUGUUGAAAGGGAGGCACCCAGGAUGGACAUCAAAAAUAAGCCAUGUGAUGAUAAUUUGAUGGAAUUUAGAAGAUUUAACUUUAAGAAGUGAUAGGGGCAUAUGAGACAUCACAUAUUUGAAAAGUGGCCUUGUUGUUUUUUCUAUUUUAAUUUUAAAGUAUUUUACCAUGUUUGUGAUUCAUUUUCUUUCCCUUGCCUCUUCCCUCCCUCCUCCCAAAGCCAACAAGCAAUUCCACUGGGUUGAACAAAUGUUAUCACUUGAUACCUGCGCUUCUAUAUUAUCUAUUGUCAUUAGAAAAAAAAAGGCUCUAAAUCACUAUUGAUUAGAGAAAUACAAAUUAAAACAACUCUGAAGUAUACCUCAUACCUAUUAUUUUGACUUAUAUAACAGAAAAGGAAAAUAAUGUUGGAAGUAAUGUGGAAAAAUUGGAUGUUAAUGUACUGCUGGUGGAUUUUUCAAUUGAUUCAACCAUUCAUUCAAUUUGGAACUAUGCCCAAUGGCCUAAAACUGUGCAUGCCCUCUGACCUAGCAAUAUCAUUACUAAGUCUAUAUCCCAAAGGGAUCUUUUAAAUAAAAACAAAAGUAUUUAUAACAGCUCUUUUUUGUGGUAGCUAGGAAUUGGAAAUUAAGGGGAUGUCCAUUAACUGGGGAAUGAUUGAACAAGUUGUGGUAUAUAUAUGGAUUGUGACCAAAUACUCAAGUGCUCUAAGAAAUCAUGAGCAGGACACUUUCAGAAAAACCUGAAAAGACUUACAUGAACUGAUGGGAAGUGAAGUGAGCAGAACCACAAGAACGCUGUAUGAUUACUUGUGAAUGACUUAACUAUUCUCAGCAAUACAAUGUCAUGGUCCAAGAUAAUUUUAAAGGAUUAGAAAAAUGCUAUCUACCUCCAGAGAAAGAACAGAUGGAGUCUGAAAUGAAGAUCAAAGCAUAUUUCCCCCCUUUUUUUCUUUUUCUUUUUUUUUAGGGGUGGGGGUAUUAUGUUUUCUUUCAUAACAUGACUAAUAUAGAAAUGUGUUUUGCAAGACAACCUAUAUCAAAUUGCUUGCCAUCUCAGGGAUGAAGGCAAGAGGGAGAGAAUUUGGAAUUAAGGUUUUUUUUUAAUACUUAUGCUAAAAUUUGUUUUUACAUGUAAAUGGAAAAAUGAAAUAAUAAUAAAAUAAACCAAAGACCUAAAUUUGUUUAAAAUAAAUCCCCCAAUUAUAGAGCUUCAUGAAGGUUUCUGAGAACUAUUAAUAUGAUGAUCUUUCCAUUUACAUUCUUCUUACACCUACAGGAAUAUUGGGAUUGGGUCUUUUUAGCCUUGCAACUGACUCUCAGUUAUUUAGGUGAUGAUAACUUGGAUACCCCCACCAUCAUGAAUCCACCUUGUAAUAAUUACAACAUUCACAUAAAUAAGCACACACUUUUCCAGAACAAAAUGGUUAAAAGAAGUUAUGAUUAUAAACUGUAAAAUCACGAAAUUUUAGUUCAGAAGACCUCAGCAGACAUCUUUAACAAUCCACAUCCCCCAAAAUAGUCAUCUAGGCAAUACCUAAACACUUCCAAAGGCAGGAAGCCCACCUCAUUUAUGGAGAGCUCUCAUGGUUCAGAGAUCAUACAUCAAUUUGCCUCUUUUCAAUUUUUAGCCUAUUGCUUAUAGGAGGGGGUGGAAUAGUGUUACACUAAUAGGACAGGUUCAUCUCAAUGUGAAGACUUGUAAGUGGGAUGUCAUUGCACAGGCCACAAAAAAGAACUAAGUAAAAAAAAGCAAAGUAAAAAUAAUGGAGAGUAUUAAUGAAUGUGCUGAAAACUUCAGAAUGCUUUAGGUGCUUUAUAAUCACUGAGUACCACAUCAUGGAUCCUUCAUAAAUGAGGCCUCAUGACAUGAAGAUAACGGUAGCUGUAAGAGAAGUGACAAUAGCAAAGACCAGCCUAAAUUACAGAAGGGAAGAAAUUGCAUGAAAUUACUCUUCAUUUAAGUAUGGAGUCCAUGGCAGAGAAAAACAAAUUGGUAAUUAUACACCGAUUACCAUGGGAAUAGAGAUAGGAGUAGAAUUCUCUCACAAGCGAUUUCUCAAUUCUGUCUCUGCAUAAUUCUAAAUUGCAUGGAGAUGAGCACAAGCAUAACUAGGACAAUAACAUUACUGGUACACAGAGUCAAGCAGCAUAACCUUAAUUUUUAAAAUAUUGAACGAAAAUGCAAUUGAGUUGACUUUAUUACUGGCCUCUUUAUUUCUUGAGUUUCAUGGUCAAAUAUAAACCUCACCCCCCCUUCCAUAAAGAUUCAUCAAUGGGGUCAAUCAAAAUUCUGAGUUUCCUUUCUAUGGGAGAACAAAAACAAGGCAUUCACCCACAUCAUCAAUCCAAAGGAGAAAAUUGCUUGAUUUGUCAGAAAUUGGGGCUUUGUGGCACACAUGAGAACACACAGUGCCUACACCUGCUGGCUAUAACACCUUCUUUGGGGCCCACAGUGACCAUUACUUAAGUUUUACGUUUGAUCCCAGCUUGCUUCCACUUAUGCCCCUGGGCCUCUAAAUACUUGUUUGGAUAGUACUUAAUGCUAAUGUGCUUUAUUAUUAAUAAAUUGUGAACUCAGAUACACAAGCUGAGAUAUUUAGACAAUCCAACUAUCUAAGGUUCAGAGAAGGGUUAAAGAAAGAAAAUUCCAAGCUCAGGGAUGGUAACUGAAGAGCCCUUACAACAACAUUAUCAAUUAAGUCUUCAAAUCAAGUGUAAUGAUUACCUAUCCUGUGCUGGCCAGAUUCUAGCUAAGUUUGAGGUUAAAAUAUCUCCUACUGUGUCAGACACAUAUAAUCAGUCACUCAAAUCUUUAUCACAGUUUGGAAUCCCUGUAAUAUUACUUUGGUUUGUUAAUUAUAUAAAAUAAC